AUGACCGAAACAAGUGAAGAAAAUUUCCCCUUCGCCAAAAACCAUGGCAUCGAUUACCUCUUUAGAAAAAACAUCCACAGGAUGGACGGCAUCCAAGGGAAAAUAAAAACCAUCUACGAAGACUUCCAUGUGCAUGAAAUUACGAGAAACAACAACAUCCUGUACUUGGAACAGCUCAUACAUGCAGAAAAAAUUAAUCGAAUUAUUCACCAAAAUGAGGAAGACGAGAGGGACAAACUAAUAAGGAGCAUUUCCAAAACGGAGUUACACCUGCAUGUGCUAGCCAAGUAUGUAAACAAAAAUAAUGUAGAAACGUUCAAGCAAUUUCUUACCCUGUUACACGACAUAUAUCAGUUAAAGUUAAAGGGGGAGGCAACAAGGGAUAACUUGAAGAAAGUAUCCAUUCCGUACUGUCUCUUUACACACCUGGAUGGGAUGCCUCCUUUGGGGGAGUCCCCUUUAGAUGAAAAUGGGGAUGCCAUUCGAGGUGAAAACACUUUUGGUAGUGAUGGCCCUCCCACUGAGGAACCCACAGACGGAAGCAAAGCCGCGCGAAAAAACAUCCACAAGGUUAUAAGGCAAUAUUACCCAUUUCUCUUGACGGAGACGAAAAAUGUUCCCCAGAGCGAAAGUGUCCUUUCUCAUGGAAAUAUACUACAAGGAAAUGCCAACAGUUAUAACAACCAUGACAAUAACUGUGUAGAGUUGAUUAAAGAAGAAAAGGCCGACGUACACAUCAGCGCCAUACAAAUUUACCCAUCCUUUAAUUGUCUAAAAACUAUUCUACCACAGGAUAUAUUUAACAAAUUAAAAGGAAAUGCGAAGAAAUCUCGGUUCAGCCAAAACGACGAACUGGAAAAUGUUAUCUGCCAAAAGUUGGACCAAAUGGAAGAAAAAAAAAAAAUCAAAAAUUUUCCUGAACAGGUUAGCCAGUUUUACCGGGAAGAAUUUGCCGAGGAAGACUUGGACACUGCAAGGGGAUUCCUCGAAAAUAAGAGGAGGAAAAUUGAGUGCGAGACUUUGUCUCACAGUUCCGAUGGUAAGUGCACAGAAGGGAUGAACACCCUGGGGGCGAAUAAAAACGUCCAAGGGGAAGCGCAUAUCGAAGCGCACAUCGAAGCGGAAGGAACGGGCACCACUGCCAACCUUCGUGAGGGUCUCCCGCGUGACGAUUCAAAGGACAAGGUGCAGGAAGGAGACCCCCCAAAAGUGACCACCCCAACAUGGGAGGAAGAGGGUAUUGGUCCCAGCGGAAAUGUUUCCCCCUCCCGUGUUAGUAAAAACGGUGACACGGGUCACACCGAUUGCAAACAGCUCAGCCACGAUGAAGAUGCCGAAAGCGCUGCAGGGGAGAACUUCCUGGACAAACUAAACAAUCAUAGGAAGAGGAAGAGCGAACAGAAAAAGGGAAAGAAGUACCUGCAUUUCAAUCUGUACAAAGAGAACAAAGACAUAUGUGAAGUGCUGCAUAAAAUAAAAGUAAAUUUAAAAAAAAAAAACGGAGACAUAUCAUACUGUGGGAUUAAGGACAAGAGGGGAAUAACGGUACAGAGGUUUUGCAUUCAUAAGGCGAAGAAGAUUGACUUGUUUAGGCUGAUAAUGGGGGGGGAUUGUGAUAAUCGCGGUAGAGGUGGCAAUAAAAGUGCUGGUACGGGUGGCUCCCCCUCCUGGUGCAACAACGUCUACGUGUCGAACCUGAGUUACAGAAAAAGAAAACUCUCCCUGGGUGAUUUAAAGGGGAACUUCUUCAAGGUGCUAAUUAGGGGCGUGGAGGACACCUCGGAGGAAAAAUUCCUUGCCCUCGCCAACAAUUUUAGGAAGACAGGAUUUGUGAACUACUUCGGCCACCAACGGUUUGGAAGUAAGAAAAUAAAAAAUUACGAAAUUGGUAUUUGCAUAUUGAAGAAGAAUUACAAGCAGGCCCUCUUCCACGUGAUUGAGAAUGCCGGGCUGGACAGCUCCAAGAAGGGUCGCCUCAUUGAAUACUUGAACGAGUUGGACGCAACAAACUGGGUAGGAGACAAAGAUGAGUUACAUGCGUGGAAAGACGAGAAGGAAGAUCAGGCAGGAGGCCCAACCGAACACAUUGAGGACGCCGCUGUGCCUCCAAAUUGCGAAAAAAAAACCUUUUUUAAAAAAAAAAAAGAAAAAAAAAUGAACGGAACAACACACACAAACGCAAGAGAGCAGCAAAACCAACUUCCGAAAGAAAUCUCCGAAAUAAUAAACUCCAUUUCGAGUCACUCCCAUGUAGAAAAAACAAUUUUGUGCUCCUUAAAAAAUGAUAAAAAAUUUAAAAAUGCCUUCAUGAAUUUACCCAAGGAUAUAUUUUCCCUCUUCAUACAUUCUGCGCAAAGUCUCAUAUUCAACGUACUGGCGGAUCUUCGAAUGAAGAAGUAUGGCUUUGGUGUUGUUGUCGGCGACCUUAUUGAGGCCAAUCGUAAAAAUGAAGAAGUCCUAACCAGUGAUAAUUCCACUGAGCAUGACUCAGAUAACUCGGAAAGUGAUGAACCUUCAUACGAAACGAAUAUAAUCCAAGUGACAAGUGAGAAUAUUUCUCUGUACGAUAUUUACGAUGUCGUUUUACCUUUACCUGGAGAUAAGAAUUUUGUGUUUCCUCCAAACCUGACUGAAGAAUACAAAUCUGUGUUGAGCAGUCUGCACUUAUCGUUAGAUGAUUUUAGAUCCGAAAAGAAUUUCUUCAGCGCACCCGGCGGUUAUCGAAAGGUCGUUGUGAAGCCUCGUCAUUUCAAGUCCCUUUUUAUUAAAAGUGACGCAGCGGGUGGGGGCAAAAUUCCCUUCAUACGGAGUGAUUUGAGCAGGUUGGUUGAGCAAGAGGGCAACUCAGCUGCCAACACGAUGACCAAUACCGUGGCCAGUUCAGUUGUGAUGAAUGAAGAGCAAAACGGGGACGCCGCUAAUCCCGCUGCUGCAAUGCACAUGGGGGACGAAAUGCACAGACACAUCACCUUCGUCCAGAGUGACGCCUACCACGAGCACUUAAUUAAGGAGGUACCCAACUACCGAACGACGGCUUCCGUCCUUUUGACUUGCUCCCUGCCCAAAUCGUCCUACAUCACGGUGGCUCUCCUGGAGGUGCUGAACAGUUAG